UCCCAAAAAACUGUAUACUCUACCUCGUAACAUGCCGAAUGGGAUCGGACCUUGGAAUCCAGAUCCACAAGACCACAACCAGCAUCUCGCUCACGGACGCACGGUGCACCGCAAGAAUUAACCCGUCGGCGGAAUGGGGUCGUUGACCAGCACUGGCUCCGCGCCACCCAGAGCGCGGCCGCGGCCGCACGUCGUGCUUCUGGCCAGCCCCGGCGCCGGCCACCUCAUUCCAAUGGCCGAGCUGGCGCGGCGGCUCGUCGAGCUCCACGGCUUCGCGGCCACGAUCGUCACCUUCACCAACCUCUCCGGCCCGGCAGGCCAGCUUCUCCCGCGCCUCCCCGCCUCCGUCGCCACCGCCGCGCUCCCCGCCGUCCGGAUGGACGACCUCCCCGCCGACGCCCACGACGGGUUCGUGCUCCUGGAGCUCGUCCGCCGCUCCGUCCCCAACAUCCGCGCCCUCCUCCGCUCCAUCAACGACGGCUCCAGUGCCGCCCCGCUCGCCGCGCUGGUGCCCGACUUCCUCUGCUCCGUGGCGCUGCCCGUCGCCGCCGAGCUCGGCGUCCCGGGGUACCUCUUCAUCCCUAGCAACCUGGCGUUGGUCGCCCUCACGCGCCACAUCCUGGAGCUCCACGAGGACGCCGCCCCGGGCGAAUACCGCGACUUCGCGGUGCCUCUCGAGCUUCUCGGCGGCGUCUCGCUGUGCCGCGAGGACCUCCCCGACGGGUGCGGCAGUUCCAGGCACCCGGGUUACGAGCAGGUUGUCGAGUUGGGCCGGAGGAUCCGCGCUGCCGAUGGCCUGUUGGUGAACACGUUCUACGAGAUGGAACUUGGCACCGCGGAAGCGUUCAAGCGGCUGGCGGCACCGGAGCAAGUUGCAGACGCGUUCUUCUUCCCGCCGGUGUUCCCGGUGGGGCCAUUCGUCCGGCGGCCAGAUCCCGACGAAGCCGACGCGGGAGCGUUGUCACCAUGCUUGGAGUGGCUCGACCGUCAGCCGGUCGGUUCUGUGGUGUACGUCGCCUUCGGGAGCGGCGGAGCACUUUCUGUGGAGCAGACGGCCGAGCUCGCGGCUGGUCUCGAGGCGAGCGGCCAAAGGUUUCUCUGGGUCGUGCGGAUGCCAAGAACCGACGGCGGCGACGACGAGGAAGAUCCAUUGGCGUGGCUCCCCGAGGGCUUCUUGGGGAGGACGCGGGGCAGGGGCCUGGCCGUCGCGGCGUGGGCGCCUCAGGUGCGCGUGCUGUCCCACCCCGCGACCGCCGUCUUCGUGUCGCACUGCGGGUGGAACUCGACUCUGGAGAGCGUGGGGUGCGGAGUGCCGAUGCUCGCGUGGCCGCUGUACGCGGAGCAGAGGAUGAACGCCGUUAUUUUGGAAGAGAAGCUUGGAGUGGCAUUGCGAGUGCCGCCGGAAGUCGGAUGCUUGGUGACCCGCCACGAGAUCGCCACCGCCGUGAAGGAGCUCGUGGAGGGGGGUCAGAAGCUGCGGCGCCGGGCCGAGGACCUGCAGAAAGCGGCAGCACAUGCGUGGUCACCGGAGGGGCCGUCGCGCCGUGCGCUAGAGGAGGUCGCCGUCAAGUGGAAGGCGGCGCUUGGCAGUGGCAGAGAAAGUAACACAUGUAGACGUAGUGCAUGAUCCUGAUCGUACUUUUAUUUUGAUGUUACUUUGUGUACCGGUCAUUUGGUUUGAGGCGACGCAUCUUCAGUGCUACCCUCAAACUGGACACCAUUUCCAUCUGUGGACACGUGAGAACUAGUCCAUGAACACUGAUGCGGAAACUGACUAUCCAACCAUAGUUGCAUGCAUUUCAAAGCCGAUUUUAACAAACCAGGUAAAGUUCAGAGGUAAAUACA